AUGUGGCUCCUGCUGGCCGUUGUGCUGUGCCUUGUGGCACAAGCCGCAAACACCAGCAACAUUGCAGCAGCGUUCAGCUUGCCGGGAGAUUACGUGAUCGGUGGCUUGUUCCCGAUCCAUUAUGCCCAGCCUAACGGUGUGAACCAAUCCGAGCCCAUCACUCCAGACUGUCAGAGGUUCCCGUUUUACAUGAACAUGUAUGUGAAUAGUCAGGCCAUGCGCUUCGCUGUGGAGGAGAUCAACAGUGACCGCCGGCUUCUGCCGGGGGUGCGGCUGGGCUACAACAUUGCUGACACCUGCUUCCAGUCCGUGGACGUGCAGACCACACUCCACUUCCUGUCCGCCCGCCACCUGCCAUCUCCCGGCAUCCCGACCCCAGCUACCAACACUGAUUACCAGCCUGGAGUGCCCAUCUCUUCUAACUACACCAGCUACCAGCCCAAUGUGAUCGCCAUCAUCGGCCCCGCCUCUACCACCAUCACCGUCACCAUCGCACGCUUCCUUGGCUACUUCCUUGUUCCUCUGAUCAGCUACGCAGCCUCCGGAGAGGUGCUGGGAAACAGGAUCCGCUUCCCCUCGUUUUUCCGAACCAUCCCGAACGACAUCAAGCAGGCGGAAGCCAUGGCGCUCCUGAUCCAGGAAUUUGGCUGGAAUUGGAUUGCGGCUGUGGGGAGCGACAAUGAGUACGGCCGGCAAGGGAUCAACAAGGUGGUGGAGCUGGUGACGGGCGCAGGCACGUGUGUGGCGUAUCAGGCUAUCAUCCCCUCUUCCCGCCCUGAGCUGGUGCACAUGCUCAAUGAGAUCUCCGCCAGCGUCAAUGUCACCGUGCUCUUCUCUAGUCGGCUGGCUACCGAGCGGCUGUUCCGGGUCCUCACUGAGCUCAACGUGACAGGGAAGGUGUGGAUCAUCAGCGAGACGGUAGCUCUGUCCGAGGACAUCGCCCGUAUCCCGGGCGUGGCGGCCGUCGGCACCGUCCUCGGCAUCGCCAUCAAGGAGGGCCACAUGGAGGGUUUCCGGGAAUUCCUGGCCAAAGGCGCUGCCUCCGAGCCCAGGGGAAGCUGUGAUCAGGAAUGCCGGCGGCUCCUGGCUCCGGCUGGACGGAGCGCCGAGUCACCAGAAUACCAUGUGGACACGCGUGUCUCGUACAACGUGUACGUGGCUGUAUACGCCAUGGCUCACGCUUUACAUCAGCUGCUCCAGUGCGAGCAGGACCGGUGCUACCAUCCACGCGCCGUCUACCCCUGGCAGUUGCUCAGCAGUUUGAAGAAGGUCAGAUUCCUGCUGUCCAAUGAGACGUUUUACUUUGACGAGACGGGCGACGGGCCGAGUGGCUUUGACAUUGUGACGUGGCAGAGCCAGGGCCAUGGCAUCCACUUCCAGACCAUAGGCUCCUACCUGCCGCUGACCCAUCAGCUGGACAUCGACCGAUCCUUGAUCCACUGGCCUCACAACUCCACCUACGUGCCCGUGUCUCAUUGCUCAGAGUCGUGUGGGCCGGGGCAGAGGAGGAUUCCUCGCGGAUUUCACAGCUGCUGCUUUGACUGUGAAGAUUGUCCAGCAGGAACAUUCCGGAACCAGAGCGAUCCCUAUGAGUGUGCGGCCUGCCCGUGGUGGCAGUGGUCUCCGGCGCAGAGCGAGCGGUGCCUGGAUCGAGCUGUCCAGUACCUAUCCUGGCAAAACCCACUAACUGUCCUCCUGCUGCUGGCAGCAAACAGCGGCCUGGCGCUCACUGUGACCAUCAGCGUGGUCUUCGCCUGGCAACUGGACAGCCCCGUGGUCAAGUCAGCCGGAGGCAGGAUGUGCUUCGCUAUGCUGGCCUCCAUGCUCUGCGGCUUCUCCUGCGUCUACCUGUUUAUCGGCAAGCCCAGCACCACACUGUGCCGCGUCCAACACCCCAUUUUUGCCAUCAGCUUCUCCCUCUGCCUGUCCUGCAUCCUCGUCCGCUCCUUCCAAAUAGUUUCCAUAUUCAAAAUGGCGUCCAGCUUGCCUCGGGCCUACAAGUUUUGGCUGCGCUACAGCGGUCCCGGCCUGUUCGUGGUGCUCAGCACUGCCCUGCAGCUCACCAUGUGUGUGGCCUGGCUGGUCGCCGAGCCCCCCAGCCCCAGGACACUGCUCACAGGCAGCAUAAUCGCGCUGGACUGCAGCACGGGCAAUGUGGCCGGCCUGGCUCUCAGCUUCCUCUACAUUGUCCUCCUGACUGGAGCCUGCUUCCUGUUGGCCUACAUCGGCCGGGACCUGCCUGAGAACUACAAUGAGGCCAAAUUCAUUGCCUUCAGCAUGACUUUGUGCUUCGUCUAUUACAUCCUAUACAUGGCUUCCUUGGUCACCCCCACACAGCAGGUCUACACCUCGUCUAUACGCACCUUCCUCACCAUUAACAGUGCCGCUAGCGUGGCCUUGGGCUACUUCCUGCCCAAAUGCUACAUUAUCCUGUUCCAGCCCCAGCUCAACACUGCUGCCCACUUCCAGUCCUGCCUUCAGGACUACACCAAGAAACAAAGCGAGGGUCAGUGA